AAGGUCGCCGGUGUUUAUUGCCAGAACGGCGGCACGUGCGUAGACACCAUACCUUUGUGUCACAUGUGCAUUUGCGAAGCCGGAUGGAUUGGCGAUGACUGCGAAAUUAAAGAUUUGUGCCUGCCUAACCCGUGCAAAAACGGGGGCAUUUGCACGCCGCACCCUGACAACGACGGCACGUACAAGUGUGACUGUACGGCCGGGUACACGGGCGACAAUUGCGAGCAGUCCGCCUGUCUGAACUACCCCUGCGUUAACGGCGAUUGCCAUCUCGUACCGGAAAGCGAGACCGAAGCGACGUGCAUCUGCGAAGAGGGUUGGACGGGCGACGAUUGCUCCGUCAACAACCCGUGCGAUCCCGACCCGUGCGAGAACGGUCAGUGUUUGGCGCGGAGCGACGCCUACACGUGUAAAUGCGCCGCCGACUACGUCGGAGUAAAUUGCAACGUCGAGAACCCGUGUCUACCCACCAACUCCCCGUGCGCGCACGGAAACUGCGUCCUCGACGGCGAAUUUCUCAACGUGACGUGCACCUGCGACGAGGGCUACGCGGGAGAGGCGUGCGACGUGAAGGAAGCUUGCCACGACGUGCACAACCUCUGCGGCGACUUCGGAAUAUGCCGACAGAACGACAGCUUUCCGGACGUGUUCACGUGCGAGUGUUUCGAAGGGUACGUGGGCGCGCUGUGCAAUGUCAGCGACCCUUGCAACGGCAUCGACUGUAACUACGGCGUGUGUGAGGUUGCGGAGGACGACCCGAGCGAAUACCUGUGCGUAUCUCAGGUGGGCUACACGGGUGACCACUGCGAGACAGAACUAGAUCGUGCAACAAAAAUUAAUGCUAUGCGUCUUUCAUUCGCUUCACGCAAGCAGGAGUUUUGCUAA